ACGGUGUCUGUGACGUCAGUUGCACCAUGUCUAGCAGUGAUGGCGCCCACUCGUUAAGGAGGCAUCCGCUGAGGUCUCCAAAGAAAACUAAGAAAAGUGAUGACAGGGGCGGCAAAUCACAAAAUUUAAAUGUGCACAACAAAAAUUUUUACAUCGCGUCAUACCCGCUGGUGUUCCUAUUUAAUAUUUUCCGUACGCUGCUCUACCAGAUCUUUUUAAUAUUAAAAACGUUGUUCAGGGCGAGUACGUACUUAGUUCAAACACAAACAGAGGCAGCGACAGCAGCGACCGUUCCAACGUCGGUGAUAAUAACGGAACUAGAUAGUGGUGGUGGGGGUGUGGGCAUAGGUGGCAGUGCCUCUGGAGGAUUGGGGCAAGUUGAAGAAGGUGCCCAGGACGAAGUUUGUGUUCCGUUGAUGAGUGGAGAAAAUAUGCCUCCCAAAGUUUUGUCUAAUCCUGGACCAGGUGAUCCUCUACUGGCCAAGCAGAAGCACCAUCAUCGAAAAGCCUUCGAGUACAUUUCGAAGGCGCUGAAAAUUGACGAGGAAAAUGAAGGUUCUAAAGAACUGGCAAUGGAAUUGUACAGACGUGGUAUCUCUGAGCUGGAGGCAGGGAUUUCUGUUGACUGCACUGGCCGUGGAGAGGCGUACGAAAGGGCACAGAGACUUCAGGAUAAAAUGAAGACCAAUCUUAUUAUGGCCAAAGAAAGAUUAGAUAUGUUAGAUUCGUUGGUUCACCUGCAGCAGCUGGAGUUGGAUGUGCCUCUCCUCACAACCCUCACUCCCCCAGUCACUCCUGCUCCCCGUCUUACCCAUGCCCCUACUCGAAACAUUGGGGGUGCUAAGGCAACCAACACCCCAAGUCACAAGGUGAACACAAAUCAUACCCCUCCUCAUAUAAACAAGCCUCGUGCCCGUGUUGCACCUCAGAUCAUGAGUCUUACAGAUUCAGGGCGAACCUCUGCCGAUCGACGAAACGGGUCCACUCAGCCUAGUAAAGCUUCUGAAGAUGCUAAGACCUUCAAAAAGAUUCCUACGGCCAAGCGCAUCACAGCACUCAGUCACAAAAGUCAAACACUGCCUCGCAACAUGGGUUCAAGAGUUGUCAGCAAGACACGGGAUGGAAAACACCCAGGCACUCCUCCAAGUGUCAGAAGGCAGCUGUCAAAUCAGAAUGGCAACAAUGUAGCAAAUGGCUCCCCGGUGAAGCGAAGAGGAUCUGCUGGAUCAGGUCUUGCAAAUAAUGGAAAUGGAACGCCAAAGCAUACCCCCUCACACAGAAGAACCCAGAGCGCUUGUAUUAAAGGAGUAGACUCAAAACUGGCACAGGGCAUCAUGGAUGAGAUUUUAGAUACCGCACCACCUGUCAAUUGGGAAGACAUUGCUGGACAAGAGGUUGCUAAGAAAGCACUGCAAGAAAUUGUCAUUCUUCCAUCCUUGCGUCCAGAACUGUUCACAGGACUCCGGGCACCAGCGAGAGGGCUUCUUUUAUUUGGUCCUCCAGGUAAUGGUAAAACCAUGUUGGCUAGAGCAGUGGCCAAUGAGAGUUCGGCAACUUUCUUCAAUAUUAGUGCAUCAACCUUAACAAGCAAAUAUGUUGGUGAAGGAGAAAAGCUGGUCAAAGCACUUUUUUCAGUGGCAAGAGAAUUACAACCAUCAAUCAUUUUCAUUGAUGAGAUAGACUCUUUACUAUGUGAACGAAGAGAGGGAGAACAUGAAGCAUCACGAAGGCUUAAAACCGAAUUCCUUGUCGAGUUUGAUGGCCUUCGAUCUGAUGCUGAAGAGAGAAUCCUUGUUAUGGGUGCAACAAACAGGCCACAGGAACUGGAUGAUGCUGCAUUAAGGCGAUUUAGUAAACGGGUAUAUGUAUCACUUCCUGACAAGGACACACGUGCACUUCUCCUCAGCAAACUUGUAUCAAAGCAGAAAUCAGAAUUGAGUUCAAAAGAAAUGGAAAUUCUUGCAAGCUUGACAGAUGGUUACUCAGGGUCUGAUUUAACAUCUUUGGCAAAGGAUGCAGCUUUAGCACCCAUCAGAGAGUUGAAGCCAGAGCAGGUUGUUUCGUGUGAUCCAGCUGAUGUACGUGGUAUUUCAUUAGAUGAUUUUAAGGAAUCCCUUAAGAAGAUCCGGAGAUCUGUUCCUCAGUCCACAUUAAUUACAUAUGAGAAGUGGAAUAACGAGUAUGGAGAUAUAUCAACGUGAAUAAUCCCUCCAGUCAUUAUGUGAUAUCUCUGUUGCAUUGGUCCAAUCACUUUAUGUAUAUAUUUGACCAGUCUGUGUAAUAUUUCUGUAAUUAUAAGAUCUCACUCUACACUAUCAGUAAAAGACCUCUUAAAGCUUAUUUUUAAAUUAAACAAGCACUUGCAUUGUAGCCAGUGUUUUAUGAUUUGUAAUAUGUGUGGAUAUGGAAGAUCUUUAGAUGAAUAAUGAUUGCCAUUAUUGGUUAACAAAGAUUGGAGUAUGGAAGUUCAUUUUUGAAAAUGAAAGAAAAUAAUGGCAUAAUGUGUAAAAUUCCAUGAGUACAGACUUAAAACUUGGAGAAGUACUUGGAAACUUGUGUAAAUUUUCUUCUGGAUAUAUAUUAGCACCAUCCAGACAUUAGAUAGCUCAGUCUAUUGACUCUAGGACUGGAUGCCACAAAUUUGUGUUGUCGCUAUAGCAGUGCAGUUCUACUUUUGAGAAGAAAGUUUCAUAUAGGUUUAGUUGCAUAUCUUUCUGUUGUUUUCUUUAUAAUUUUAAUGCUUUGAAAGGAGGCUUGAAAAUUAUAUUGAAAAUAACAUGAAAGUUUACAAAUAAUGUACGUGCUUAUUUUUAUUCAGAUAUUGCGUACUUAUAUGGAAUAUAAAUUUGCUUUAAUAUUUGUACUUUGCAUCAUGCUAUGUUGUUGACACAUGCUUCUCAGUGGAAAUUGUUACUCAUGCUGACUUCAGUCCACUUUAUGUUUUAGUACUACAUACAUAUUAACAAUGCAGGGAGGUUGAAGUAGAGGAAAAUUUUGCAAAAAUGAAACUUUUUACUCAAGUCUUUUUUUAUAUAUAUAUCUUUUACUAAACUCUUGACUUAUUGCACAGUGUUUUGUAAUUAUAUACAAAGGUUUAAAAAUUGUGUACAUAACCAUAUGUUGUGUUAUAGCUGUUCUCUCAUUUUGUACCAAGUAUCUUCGUCUAAAUCACUUUUAUUUGUUUUAUACUGUAAACUAGCUGAUUAAGCAGUCAUUGUAUUUUUUGAUUGAUUAAUUAUUUGUGUAGUUAUUUGAAAUUGUUGGUUAUUUAGACAGAAAAGGAAAAUUUAGUUUGAUGUAACUAGCUCAAUACUUAUAUAGUGGUGCCCAGCUAGUCAGGAGAAAAUAAGGUUGUGAUUUACUUUAAACCAACUGUAAAAGUGCUUGAGUAACUGUAACACAGCAACACAUAGAAUAACAGGUAAGUAGAGGAACACAGCUAAAAGUUUACUUUAUGAAAGUGGAAAAUGUAGAUUUGUCAUAAUUUGUAAUUAGAUAGUAGUGUAAAUUACAGUUUUCACUGACCUACAGUUAUGUUAUAUGACAAGUUAAAAAAAAUAGGAAUUUUCUUAAUUCUUAUAUUCUUUUUAAAUUAAAGCAUUUUUAUUAAUUUGUACUUAUCAAAAGUCCCACCAUUGCUGAUUCUGACACUGAAUGUGUUAAAGGUUUUAAUCUUCAUUGCUAUUGCUAAAUAAUAGUAAAGGUUGUCAUUUAAUUAUAUAAUGAGUAAAUGUAUGAUAGUUGAGAACUAUUCUUCGUACAGUACUUUUUAAAAUAAUUGCAAUGCAUUUUUAUUUAAUCUUAUCAUUUUUGUAAACCAUUAUUAUCGGAGCAUUACUUUGCAACAAGGUCUGAUUUGUUUUUGUCCUUUAAAAUUUUAUGCAAGUUAUAAGACUAAAAUGUAGGUCAUAUUUUAUAAUGAUAAUUAUGGCAUUAUAGUACCUUGGAAGUUUUGUUUCUGGCAGUAUUUCAUAACAUUGGAGUUGUAACUUUAUUUUUGCUGGCCAUCAUGCCACUGUUAGCAAAUAUUUUAUGGAGAAAUGUUACCUUGUAUCGGUGGUAAUCCUGAACACUUAUCCACCUAUGGUUUUUUCCACCCUAAAGUUCAAAAUAAUUCCGUGCCAUCAUCAUGUAUGAUUCUUUGCUCAUGUGUCACUGCAGCAGUCUGCUGUUGUCAUUAUUAAAUCCUUUGCUAUCGACUCCCCUUUCUUUAAUACUUUUGAAUAUUUUAUGUGGUAUUUCCAUGACAACAUAUUCCUCGUGUUAUCAAUUGUUGAAGUCAAAUUACACACUAUUAGAAUUCGGGAACUAGAAUUCUUAUUUGUAUAACAGAAAUGGCAUCCUUUCAUCAUUUAAAACAAGUUGUUGUUUGGCUUAGGUUAAAUAUCCCCAUGUAAAUGUGGAAUUGUGUGCCUUUGAUUUAUUUCAUAUCACAAAUUAACUAAUCUGAUGCCAAAAUUGAUUUAUCGAGUUUAAAAGAGUAACAUUAAAACAAAAUUAAAGUUUAACAAAACACUGCUGGUGAUAUUUGAAAUAGUGUGAGAUAGUUUGAUGUUCAAACUUUGAUAACUUGUGAUACAAUGAUCAUGCUCACACCUGUAUUUGCUGUAAUAAAAUGUUUGUUUAUAUGAGUUACCCAGUGACUGUGGCUUUGUACCUCUUGCAAAUAAAAUAGCAUAUAAGUA